GAUAGUCAUCCUGCCAAAUAAUUGAGAAAUUCCUGAAAAAAUCCCACCCAAAAUGACUGCCGAAUUAGAAUGGAGGAGGACGUGGACACCGACAUUAACUUCCAAGCCAUGGAGGCGAAUCAAUUUCAGUGAUCACGAAUCUCUAUUCUUUGUGAAGUGUAACUUCCAAGACAACACGUACGAGAUAUGUCUGACAGACUUGAAGAAUGCUUGGUAUGAGUACGUGGAAGAGGAGGAUUUCAAGAAACGAGUUGAGGAUAAUUUUCAGCCAAGGACUGUGAAUAAAACCCACUCUUAUAUUGCCAUGUUUCUGUUUCACCCUCCAUGUUAAAUAUGUAUUUCAAACACUCCAAAAUAGCAUAAUUUACAGUGCUAUUGCAUUGCCCGCCGAGCCCCUUAAGAAUAACACACCACUGAACUCCUAUGACAUCGACUUUAAGUUUACAUCAGGAUACCCUGUCCUUAUUAAGAACUAUGAUCCUUUCACCCUCAUGUUCACAUGCCCCUUAUGCUCCUUAUGAAAAGACAGAUAAAAGGUACAGCUUUACCAGAGCCCUGUGUAGAUAAGCUGAAUCCUAACAUGGAAGCUCCAGUGGAAACUCUGUUGGAGCAUAUCAGAACCAGUAUGGAGGAUGAUAAGGAAGGGACAAAAUAUGCUAUCAGUUUUGUGCGGCCCCUGUUCAGCAUGGGAGAUGGAGAUGGCUCCAAGGUUUUACUGACAUUAAGUGGACUGCUGGAAGGUGUUCCCUUUGUUUGGAAAUUCCACCUUCAGUCUGCCCACAGAGAUUUGUUCUAUGAUCACAUGACCAAGUCUUUGCUCACCAUGGUAACAGAACUAAUGAGAAGGCAGGAGGAACUGGUGCAGGUGAUCAAAAGUAAAGACAAGGAAAUAGAAGAUUACAAGACACAGGGUGUCAGGACAUCUAGAAAGCAUAUAGAGACAGCCCCUUUUGAUGAAACAGCAUUUUUGAAUAAUAUGGUAAACUCCCAGGGAUUUGAAGACACAGCCACAUCAUUUUUGGAGAAAGUGUUCACUGGACCUUCAGAUUCAGGGUUGCGGCAACUAUACAGAGAUAUUGCAGUUAAACAGGCAUGGCUUGAAAGACCAACAGAAACUAAAGAAGAUGAUGAGGAAGAAAAUUUUGCAGAGGAUACAUUUGACAAUAAUAUGGAGACGGCAGGAGAUGACAUUUCUGGUGCUGCACAGUCUUUUGGAGACAAACGCCUUCCGCCAUCUUUGAUGGGCGAGGGGUGGCAGAGAAAGAGCCCUGCAAAAUCAGAUGGCAAGCAAAGUACGGAGACAACACCAGUAAAGGACGCGGAACAAAUGAGACGAGAAGCCCUUGAGAGGCGACUGGCAGAGGAAGAAGAAAAGAAAGAAGAGAAGACCAAAAAGAAGAAAAAAUUAGGACUGUGAUAUUAUAUUGGUGUUGAUUUUAGUUUUUAUUAUAAUUUUAAUGGGAAAUUUAUGACUUUACUCAAUUUUCAAAAAGGCUGGUUAAUCAUUAUAUUUAUUUUAUUUUUUUUCUGUUAAUAACAAUUACUUAUUUUCUUCUAAGCCUUUAGUUGUUCUUCUUAAACUCAUCAGUAAAAAUCUAAAUAUUGGAUUAAUGGUGUCUUUAAGUUUGUAUAUUUUGAUAAGUUGUCUAGAGAACAGAAUGACAUACAAUGGUAAAGCCAUGGAGCUGCAAAAGUUCCAUUUCCAGCAACAAAUAUGAAACUUCUCCAUCUUGCAUUCCAUUGUGUAGCAUGCUUUAGACCUUUUCACAUAGACUGUUAUAAUGUCCCCUGUGUAGUGGCAUGUUUUAAGAGGUUGACAGCUUCAGAGAUGAACUAUUAUGUAAAAGACUGAGCCUCCAAAAUCAGCACUGCCAAUUGAUUCGGAUUGAAAGAUACAGGCUUCCAGGCAUUAGCAAACUUAGGAAAUUACAUGGUAAAACCUCUCAACACAACACGACAAAUGGGACACUAAGAUAGUGUUGGAUUAGUUUCAUGGCUACAUUAAAUAUUCUUACUGGUUAACCUUCAAACAAGUAAUUAUUCCUAUUAUUUACUUCCAAACUUUGUACUCAUUCAUUAAAAUAUCUUUAUUUUGCAUGUAUUUAGAAUGAUGUCCUUUUUAAGUGUCCGCUGUCAUGCUGUUGUAUCUCAUAGAAUCCCAUUAAGCCAUUUCUUCUGUGUACUGAAUUGCAGAUUGUCUCAUGGCAAAUAUAAUUACAAAUUUUGCUUAGGUAUGUUUUCCCAUUGUCUCUACAGUGCUGUAUUGUUAAGUUCACUCAUAUGCAAUGUCUUAUCUGCAAUUUUAUUCAAUACAUUUUUGUAUAUUGUUUGUGAUGAAUUAUGUUUUGAGUAAUAUGAGUCUUUUUACAAUUUUUUUCUUAAUUUUUUGAGAAGUGUGGAAAUAACUUCGUUGGUGAGUGAUGCCAACCUGGCACUCUUAGCUCAAUUAACAAAUAGUUUCAGUCUGUAUAUAAUUUGUUGAGUAUGAGGAUUAUGAUCAUACAUUAUUAUCAAGUCAUUUUAUAUUAUAUAUAGCUUGAAUUAUGUAACUGAAAAAAUUACAAAACGAUUGUGCAUUCUCUGUAAAUGUAUUAACCAUGCCUAUUACAGAGAUCUUUAUUUGUUAUGGAUCAUGAAUUGGGCUCAGUUGUGAAUUAAAUAUUAAUUAUUAAAA